UUCAAGUAUGUGUAGAUGCAUAGAGUCAACAUGGACUGCUCAAAGCUAUUGGUAAUUUUGGUCUCCAGCUCUGUGGCGGUAACAGGCUUCCAGCCCAACUACAGCCCAGACGGUUUCAAACUCGACGACGUGGUCAACACAGGAAGUGAGAAGGCGCUACUGUCCAGAUUAACUAGAGAUGUUGACGUCCAACUUCGAGAUACUGCAGAUUCAUGUUGCAAUUUGCCAAACAGCUCCCGAAAUCAAGAAACUGAAAAAUACAGGACGGAGUGCAGGGAUGAAGUCGGUUUUAAAUUUGGAGUUAGAGUUACAGAAGAAAACGUCUCUUUCCGUCAGAAAUCAAACGAGACAGUUUGUUACGUGGAGUGUCUCCUUCGCAAGAAGAAUGAGAUUGACGACGCCGGACGGAUAAAUAUGAAAUCAGUUACUGAAUCUGUGUUAAAGUUCAGUGGGAUUAAGGAUCCAAGCACAAUUGACAAGAUAUCGACCACUUGUGGACAGUCCACUGAAGGAAAUGGUGACGCACCCGAAGGAACCUACUUGUGUAACACAGCAGGAUUUAAUUUCUUGAAGUGUGCAUAUAAUGUGACGAUCUUUAACUGUCCGACGGAACACCAAGUUAAAUCUGAAACCUGUAACAGAUUCCGGGACCAAUUAAAGGUGAGAAGCCAGUGAAGAAUACUGUGGGAAAUGUGGGAAAUACUGCGAACUGCAGCAAAUGGAAUAUGAUUCACAGUUUCAAACAUAUUUCACAAUAUUAAAGACAAUAAUCACGGUUAAAAAUGUAGUUACUUUCAAAUAAAUUCAUUUGCAUAAAUAA